AUGGUAUCAGUUGGUGACCACGUACGUGUUGCAUCCGGUGAUGUUAGCGGUCGCUUGCUCAAAGGAGUGGUUUCGCACAUUCGCUUUGAGGACUGCUGCACCGUAAAUUUCAUGGAUCGUAAUUGGAGCGAUGAUUUGCCUGCCGAAGAUAUCGUUGAAUGUGAAUGUUCGAGAUUCAACUGUAACGGAUGGCAUGUGCCGGGUGCUAAGGUUGGUUUGGUUUCCACAAGUGUUGGUGCUGUAAGCGAAAAUUUUUGCACAUUAUCAGUUUCUCCAAGCUCAGGGUUUUUACUUUUUUCGGACACCAUUUACUGA